AUGCCAAUGAUUCCGCCGGAAGAGGUGUCUAUAAGCUCCACCCCCGCAACACAGCCAACUACCGGACCGGAAGAAAGCACCGCUAUGGCGACUACGGUAGCAGGGGGAGGUGGAGGGGGUCCUGCCAUUCCAUGCAAGCUGCCUCAAUACCAAACGGCAGUCUACGGUUCCUCUACUGGAUACAUUGUGGAUUUGAACGCCGAGAUUAUGGAAAUCGGAAGCACUGGGAAUUAUGAGAUGACUUGUUUGAUUUUUCAGCCAGAGGGCAACACGUGUAAAGAUUGGGAGAUUAAUGCCCUAAACGAAGAGAAUUACGAUUUCCGACCCACCAUCUUCGAGGGAAUGGAUCUCAACAAUGUUCCACUGACACUGGUGUGUGAGGCCGAUGGAUUAUAUUCGUGGGAGGGGAUUCUGCCAGGGCAGACGGAAGUGACAAAGACAACGGGGAUCUCCUCACUUCAAUGUGUUGUUCAGUGUUGA